AUGGAGAAGAGAUCAGGCUCAAGCUACUACUGGUUUUGGCUUCUCCUGCAAAUUCUACUGAUUAAUGUUCUCGGGCUUCAUUGCCACCGCCCUCCAGAUUCUUCGUCUUUCAUAAGCAUCGAUUGCGGAAUCGGCAAUGGCACCAGCUUUGUCGAUAGCACCACCGGCUUAACCUAUGUUUCCGACGAAGCUUACAUAGACUUGGGGAAAGAUUACACCAUUGACUCGACCUACUUAUACUCCAACCCGCAGCAACAGGCCACCUUGCGCAGCUUCCCCAACAGCACGCGAAGCUGCUACACGUUGCGACCGGUAGUGCAAUAUUACAAGUACUUGGUGCGCGCCAACUUCUUAUACGGCAACUAUGACGGACUCCACGAAGCUAACACUACCAAUCCUUUGGAAUUCGAUGUUUACAUCGAUGUUAACAUGUUGAUGACAAUAAGCAUACAAAACGAGUCAUUGACAUAUAGUGCAGAGGCUCUGAUUGUUGCGGUGGCCAACAAUUCUGUAUCGAUUUGCCUAGUGAAUACCGGCAAUGGAGUCCCCUUCAUAUCGUCUUUGGAACUGAGACCAAUGAAUACCUCUUGGUACAAGCUAGUUAAUAGCAGCUUCUAUCUUCAAGUCUACGCCAGGCUAAACCUGGGUGCAACUCAAACCAUAAGGUACCCGACGGACCCGUCCGAUCGCAUCUGGACAGAGUUGACGAAUGCUCCUUAUUGGACCAACAUCAACACCACUCAGCCAAUCGAAUACGCCUCCAAUGACGAGUACGGGGUUCCGGUGGCCGUCAUGCAGACGGCGGUCACCGCCUCCGGCGUCGGCGGCGUCACGGACAUUGAAUUCUUCUGGGACUUCAUCGGCAGCGGGUUUCGACACAAUCAGUUCUACACCAACUUAUACUUCUCCGAGUUCGACGUCCUCCUCCCCAAUCAGUCCAGGGCCGUCGACAUCUUUCUCAACGGCGAGAUCUGGGAAGCGGACUACCCCCCUCCCUACCUUGUGGCGGGAUUCGUCUGCAGCAUCGCCCCCCUCAACAAAUACUAUACCUUUCUGUGGGAUAUUAAGCCCAACGACAGCUUCAACCUGCCUCCUAUCUUGAAUGCCGUGGAAGUGUUUUCCUCCAUGUACCUCGAGAACGUGACGACCAAUGAGAGAGAUGUUGAUGCCAUUAAUGUCAUCAAGGCUCAAUACAAAGUGAAGAAGCAAUGGACAGGUGAUCCCUGUUCACCAGUAGAAUAUAGAUGGGCUGGUUUGAAUUGUAGCUAUAUUUCAGAGCCUCCGAGUAUCACAGCGGUAAAUCUGUCUUCUAGUGAACUGACUGGUGAAAUAUCCCCUUCCUUCAGUGAGCUUUCAGCGAUCAAUUAUCUAUUUGAGAAUGUUCCUCCUCCAAGCCCAUCUUAUCCUCACAAUAAUAAUACCAUUAUCAUUGUGAUAUCAGUAAUUGGUGGGGCUUUUGUGCUAAUGAUCGUUGUAGUAUUUGUUUGGUGGUGCAUUUGGAAACGUCAUCCAGGUUCAGUCCCUGAUCCUGGCAAAAGACAUCUUGAGGAAGAAAAUAGUCUAUACGAUACACCUCAUCCUCCACAACCUGAUCCUCUGAAGACAAACCCUCAUAUUAUGAGAUUCCCAUACUCACAGUUGAUUGACAUAACUAACAAUUUUGCUAGGAUCAUUGGGAAAGGGGGAUUUGGAGUUGUGUUUCGUGGUUGUUUGGAAACUGGAAAGCAAGUAGCUGUCAAGUUGCAUUUUCAAUCAUCACCACAAGGGGAAAAGCAAUUUGUUGCUGAGGUUCAGAAUUUGACAAGAAUUCAUCAUAUGAACCUGGUUGAAUUGAUUGGAUACUGCAUUGAUGGAGAAGGCCUGGCUCUUGUUUAUGAAUAUAUGGAUCAUGGAAGCCUUCAUGAUCAUUUGAGAGGUAAAGCUGGUAGAGCCUUGUCUUGGAGUGAACGACUCAAAAUUGCUAUUGGAGCUGCAGAAGGGCUAGAGUAUUUGCAUCAUAAGUGUCACCCACCAAUAAUUCAUAGAGAUAUAAAGUCAUCUAACAUUCUCUUGGGACCAGAUCUAGAGGCAAAGAUAGCGGACUUUGGAUUGUCCAAGGCGUAUAGAGGUGAUGAUGAGACUAAUGUAUCUACAAAUGUGGUUGGAACGCCGGGAUAUGUUGAUCCUGAGUACCACAACACUUUGCAGCUCACUGCAAAGAGUGAUGUAUACAGUUUCGGGGUGCUUCUUUUUGAACUUCUAACAGGUCAACUUCCUCUUGUACCCAGCUCAGGAAAGCCUCAUAUAAUGCCACGAGUGACUUCAAUCCUUGUCAAUGAGCCUAUAGAUGCCAUUAUGGAUCCAAGACUUGGAGGACAAUUUGAUGCCAAUUCUGCUUGGAAGGUCGAAGAGCUGGCAGAACAGUGCACACAAGCAUCAGGCAGCCAGAGACCAACAAUGACGAAGGUAAUACUUGAGCUGAAGGAUAGCUUGGAACUCGAAGCUGGUCGCCUAAAUAGUAAGUUCAAACACAGUGAAGAUAUUGACACAAGCCAGAUCAAUUCAUUUGAAAUUGGAGGAGACACACCAGAAUCAUCUCGUCCAUUUGCUAGAUAAUUCUCGUCUAGUUUCACAUUCAGAUGUGUUGUUUUAGUGUGGAAAAGUAAAGUUGUGGAGGAUGGAAUGA